GGGAUUAGCCGCCUCGCCGGAGGAGGAGGAGGAGGAGGAGGGGAAGACGAGGAAGAGGAGGACGCAGGGCGGAGGACGCCGCCGCCAGCCGCGUCCGAGCCAUACUGGGUGCAAUGAACACUCCGUGCAGGCCUCGCCAUGGAAGGCUGUGACUCGCCCAUCAUCUCGGGGAAGGACCAUGGCCGUGCUCUUCCUCCGCACCAGCCGUGGACUGAGCUCGGCAGCAAGCCUAGUGCCAUGGAGCAGGCUAGGGCAGACAGCCACGGAGCCCUAGGCAGCCAGCGGGCUCCUUUCAGCGAGCCCUCUGCAGACAGGGCUGCGGCCUCUGGCCCCAGCGCCGAGCCGGCCAGUAAGGAGGUCAGCUGCAACGAAUGUGCCGCCUCCUUUGCCACCUUACAGACCUACAUGGAGCACCACUGCCCGGGGGGCUCCCGCUCGCUGCUCCUCCCGCUGCCAGAGGAGAGCGGGAGUGACACUGGGGGGGAGGAGGAGAGCGACGUGGAAAACCUGGCCGGGGAGAUCGUCUACCAGCCCGAUGGCUCUGCGUACAUUGUGGAAAGCCUCAGCCAGCUGGGCCAGAGCGGGGGGGCCUGUGGGGCUGGCCACGGCACCAGCAGUGGGGCUCUCCCCCCUCUCUUUCUGAACUCUCUCCCCAGUGCGGGGGGCAACGCAAGCGAGCCCACUUCUGCUGCGCCAGCCUACCCACAGAUCAUCAACACUUUCCACAUAGCCUCAUCCUUUGGGAAGUGGUUUGAGGGCUCGGAUCAGGCCUUCCCGGAUACCUCGACCCUGGCAGGGCUCAGCCCUGUUUUGCACAGCUUCCGCGUGUUUGAUGUGCGCCACAAAAGCAACACGGAUUACCUGAACAGCGACGGUUCUGCCAAAAGUUCCUGCGUAUCCAAAGAUGUUCCAAAUAAUGUGGACCUGUCCAAAUUUGAUGGCUUUGUGCUCUAUGGGAAGCGGAAGCCCAUCCUGAUGUGUUUUUUGUGCAAGCUGUCCUUUGGGUACGUCCGCUCGUUUGUGACCCAUGCAGUGCAUGACCAUCGAAUGACUUUGAGUGAGGAGGAGCGGAAAAUUCUUAGCAAUAAGAACAUCUCCGCUCUUAUCCAAGGGAUAGGCAAAGACAAAGAACCUCUCAUCAGCUUCUUGGAACCAAAAAACAAAAACUUUCCACACCCUUUAGUUUCCACAGCUAACCUCAUAGGCCCGGGACACGGUUUCUAUGGCAAAUUCAGUGGGAUUCGAAUGGAAGGGGAAGAGGGUACCCAAGUGGGGGCUGCCAGUGGAGCUGAAAAGCCCCAGUCAUGUCUCUUGGCACCUGGGGCCCUCUUGAACCUUGGCGGGCUAACGAGCUCAGCUCUGAAGACCCCAAUUACCUCAGUCCCUCUGGGCCCACUGGCUUCCAGUCCGACCAAAUCCUCCGAGGCAAAGGACCCUGGGCUGGCCGAGUGUGAAAAGCAAGAACUGGCCAACCAGGACAGCCUUUCAGAGAAAGCAGAGCUAGCUGGGGAGGAGGGAGUGGAGGAGGAGGAGGAGGAGGGAGUGGAGGAGGGAGUGGAGGAGGAGGAGGAAGAGGAGGAGGAGGAGGAAGAGGAGGAGGAGGAAGAGGAGGAGGAGGGGUGCAAAGGGCUGUUCCCAAGUGAGCUGGAGGAUGAGCUGGAGAUAAGGCCUCCCAAGGAGUCUGGGGUUGUGGCAAGUGAUGGCGGCAGCGGCGGCAGCAAAAAGGAGCUUGCUCUCUCAAACCAAAGCAUUUCUCCCAUAAUGCCUAACGUGCUCCAGAGCCUGUCCAGGGGCACGGCUUCUUCUAGUUCUAAUUCUGCUUCUUCCUUUGUCUUUGAUGGUGCAAACAGGAAGAAUUGUUUAAGCUUUAACAGUGAAGGCAGUGAGGGUGGCAGGAGGCUGGACUUCAGCGACGAAAGUGCCAAUAAAGACAAUGCCCCCCUGCUGGAACCAAAUGAGAGUGCGGAGGGCGAGGAGGGGAGCUGCCUCUCCCAUCACCAGCAUUCUGGGCCCCUCUGCGAGCUUGGGGGCGGGGAGUGCCCUUCGGGGAGUGGGGUGGAGUGCCCCAAAUGCGACACUGUCUUGGGCUCCUCGCGGUCGCUGGGCGGCCACAUGACCAUGAUGCACUCGCGCAACUCGUGCAAGACGCUCAAGUGCCCCAAGUGCAAUUGGCACUACAAGUACCAGCAGACGCUUGAGGCCCACAUGAAGGAGAAACACCCCGAGCCGGGAGGCUCUUGUGCCUACUGCAAGAGCGGGCAGCCCCACCCACGGCUGGCCCGGGGCGAGAGCUACACGUGUGGCUACAAGCCUUUCCGGUGCGAGGUAUGCAACUACUCCACCACGACCAAAGGCAACCUCAGCAUCCACAUGCAGUCCGACAAGCAUCUCAACAACAUGCAGAACCUGCAGAAUGGGGGUGGGGAGCAAGUGUUCAGCCACUCUGCCGGGGCUGCGGCGGCUGCUGCUGCCGCUGCUGCAGCCGCCGCUGCCGCGGCAAACAUGGGAAGCAGCUGUGGGGCCCCCUCCCCUACCAAACCAAAAAGCAAACCCACGUGGCGGUGCGAGGUGUGCGACUAUGAGACCAACGUGGCCAGGAACCUUCGCAUUCACAUGACCAGUGAGAAGCACAUGCACAACAUGCUGCUGCUGCAGCAGAACAUGAGCCAGAUGCAGCACAGCCGCCACUUGGGCCUGGGCAGCCUCCCUGCCGAGGCCGAGCUCUACCAGUACUACUUGGCGCAGAACAUGGCCCUGCCCUCCCUGAAGAUGGACAGCGCCGCUUCCGAGGCACCCUUCCUGAUGGGCAGCUUCCAGCUGGACCCCACCAACCCCGUAGCCUCCCUGGCCCCAUCUCUAGUGGGUGGAGAGAUCCCCCUGGACAUGCGGCUUGGGGGUGGGCAGCUGGUGUCCGAGGAGCUCAUGAACCUGGGGGAGACCUUCACGCAAACCAAUGACCCAUCUCUGAAGCUUUUCCAGUGUGCUGUGUGCAACAAGUUCAGCACUGACAAUUUGGACCUGCUGGGGCUGCAUAUGAACACAGAACGCAGCCUGCCGGAAGAGGAGUGGAAGGUGGUGAUGGGGGACUCUUAUCAGUGCAAGCUGUGUCGCUAUAACACUCAGCUGAAGGCUAAUUUCCAGCUCCAUUGCAAGACUGACAAGCAUGUGCAGAAGUACCAGCUGGUAGCGCACAUCAAGGAGGGGGGCAAGGCCAACGAGUGGCGGCUCAAGUGUGUGGCCAUUGGUAACCCCGUGCAUUUGAAGUGCAAUGCUUGUGACUAUUACACCAACAGUCUGGACAAGCUGCGCCUGCACACAGUCAACUCCAGGCACGAGGCCAGUCUGAAGCUCUACAAGCACCUUCAGCACCACGAAACCGGAGUGGAGGGAGAGAGCUGCUACUACCAUUGCACCCUCUGCAACUACUCGACCAAGGCCAAGCUGAAUCUCCUCCAGCACGUACGCUCCAUGAAGCACCAGAGGGGGGAGAGCCUGCGGAAGCUGCAGCGUCUGCAGAAGGGCCUCCCAGAGGAAGAGGAGGACCUGGCCCAGAUCUUCACCAUCCGGAAGUGCCCUGCGCCUGACGGGGAUUGGCGGUUGCCUUAUCUGUGCUGCCCCAAUAAGUCCCAGCAAAGGAAGGUCCAGUUGGGGCGCGCGCAUGGGAUCAUCAGCACUCAAGAGGAGCCAGUGGAAGACACAGAGGGGCCCAGCGAAAUGCCUGCUGACCCGGAAGAGCCUGCCCAAGACUCGGGGAGCAUGGCCGACAGGGACCAGGGCCAGUGGACAGCACAAACUACACCGGCAGAGAAGGAGCUGGCCGAAUCACCAGCAUCCUGCAAACACAUUUCGUUUCCCAGAGGUUCGGAAUCCCCUGGCACCCAGUGGCCAAAGGCAGCGGAGGAGGCCAGGCUGGAGCAGAUGUAUCAGUGCCCCUACUGCAAAUACAGCAACACAGACGUGAAUCGGCUGAGGGUCCAUGCCAUGACCCAGCACUCCGUCCAGCCCAUGCUCCGGUGCCCUCUCUGCCAAGACAUGCUCAGCAACAAGAUCCACCUUCAGCUCCACCUCACCCACCUGCACAGCGUGUCCCCCGACUGUGUGGAGAAGCUCAUUUUAACGGUGACGACGCCAGAGGUGAUGAUGCCCAGCAGUAUGUUCCUCCCAGUGACCCCCCCAGACAGAGAUGGAAAUGCCAGCAUGGAUGAACCACCCAAACAGCCCGAGUCUUUGGAGGACCCUGGGAAAGGCUCACUGCCUUCUGACCACAUGGAGCCAGGGGGAGAAUCAAAGCCUGCCCUGACGGACACUGGGUUCCUCUGCUGGAAGAAAGGCUGCAGCCAAGGGUUCAAAAGCUCCACUGCUCUCCAGUCACAUUUCAGUGAGGUGCACACCAAACGGCCACAGCUGCCUGUUUCUGACCGGCAUGUGUACAAGUACCGCUGCAAUCAGUGCAGCCUGGCCUUCAAAACCGUUGAGAAGCUCCAGCUGCACUCCCAGUACCAUGUGAUUCGGGCAGCCACCAUGUGCUGCCUCUGCCAGCGCAGCUUCCGCACUUUUCAAGCCCUCAAGAAGCACCUGGAGACGAGUCACCUGGAACUGAGUGAGGCUGAUAUUCAGCAGCUGUACAGCGGACUCCUAGUCAACGGAGACCUCCUCGCCAUGGGUGACCCCAGCCUGGCUGAAGACCAGACCAUCAUUGGAGAGGAAGACAGAGAGGAGGAGAGCGACCUGGAAGACAAGCAAAGCCCCACGGGGAGUGACUCUGGGUCUGUGCAAGAGGACUCUGGGUCUGAACCAAAGCGGGCUCUCCCAUUCCGGAAAGGCCCUAAUUUCACAAUGGAGAAGUUCCUGGACCCAUCCCGCCCAUACAAAUGCACAGUUUGCAAAGAGUCCUUCACUCAGAAAAACAUUCUUUUGGUCCACUACAAUUCAGUGUCUCAUCUGCACAAGUUGAAACGAGCCCUCCAGGAGUCAACGACCGGCCAGCAAGAGCCGACGACCAGCAGCCCAGACAAUAAGCCAUUCAAGUGCAACACGUGCAAUGUGGCUUACAGCCAGAGCUCCACGCUGGAGAUUCACAUGAGGUCUGUCUUGCACCAGACCAAGGCGCGAGCAGCCAAGCUGGAAGCUGCUAGUGGCGGCGGCAGCGGCGGCAGCAGCAAUGGAGCAAGUGGGGGCGGGAGCACCUCCCUGGGGUCCUCCACGCCCAGCCCUGUCGGCACAACCAGUACCCCCGCCCCAUUCACCGUGGCCAGCAGCAACACUGCCAGCAUUGCUCCCGCCCCCAGCCUGCUCCACCAGGUCUCCUGUGAGAACGUUGGCAUCCCUCCUCUUCACACCUCCGGCAGCACCACGGCAGCUGCUUUGAGCCCUUCUGAGCCCAAAGAGGUAAACCGUAAGAAACUGGCUGACAUGAUUGCCUGCCGGCAGCAGCAGCAGCAGCAGCAGCAGCAGCAAGCACACACCUUGGUGCAGGCUCAGGCCCAAGUGCAGGCCCAGCUGCAGCAGGAGCUGCAGCAACAGGCUGCCCUUCUGCAGUCCCAGCUCUUCAACCCGGCCCUCCUGCCCCACUUCCCCAUGACCACAGAGACCCUCCUCCAGCUGCAGCAGCAUCAGCAACACCUCCUCUUUCCCUUCUACAUCCCCAGUGCUGAGUUCCAGCUGAACCCGGAGGUGAGCCUGCCUGUGACCAGCGGCACCCUGACACUGACGGGAAGUGGGCCCAGCCUGCUGGACGACCUGAAGGUGCAGCUCCCCCAGCCCAGCCACCCUCAGCUGCUGCAGCCGCCACCGCCGCAGCUGCCCCCUCCUCAUUGUGUCCUCUUACAGCACAGCCAGCUGCCUGAGAAGAAGGCCAAGUCCACGGUCAGGGACAAGGAGAAGGAGGUCCCGAGGGAGCAGGAGAGCUCAGAGAAGGGGGAUAGCUGCGUCCCGUCCCAGGAGCCCCCGCCUAACCCCCCAAAGCCCAAAGACAAGCUGGACUUGGGAGCAGCAACAGGCGCAGCAGAACCCCUGUUGCUUCCUCCCCGAAUUGCAUCAGAUGCACGAGGUAAUGCCACAAAAGCCUUGCUGGAGAACUUUGGCUUUGAGCUGGUCAUUCAGUACAAUGAGAACAAACAGAAGGUGCAGAAGAAGACGGGGAAAGCAGACCAGGGGGGGGACGGAGUACAGAAGCUGGAGUGCAGCACCUGCGGCAAGCUGUUUUCCAAUGUCCUUAUCCUGAAGAGCCACCAAGAGCAUGUCCAUCAGCAUUACUUCCCCUUCCAGCAGCUGGAGAGGUUUGCCAAGCAGUACCGCGAGCAGUACGACAAGCUGUAUCCCCUGCGGCCUCAGACCCCGGAGGCCCCCCCGCCUCCUCCUCCCCCACCCCCUCUGCCCACUGCGCCCCCUCAGCAGCAGCAGCAGCAGCCUCCAGCAUCAGCCACCUCUGCCUCAGCUCCAGCCAUCGCCUCUCCCACCGUUGCCCCAGCCCAGCCACCUCUGCCCCUCACACAGCUCUCCGUGCCCAUGGAGCUGCCCAUCUUCUCUCCCCUCAUGAUGCAGACCCUGCCUCUGCAGACCCUGCCUGCUCAACUGCCCCCCCAGCUGGGCCCCGUGGACCCCUUGCCAGCAGACCUGGCUCAGCUGUACCAGCACCAGCUGAAUCCUGGCCUCCUGCAGCAGCAGCAGCAGCAGCAGCAGCAAAACAAGCGGCCCCGCACACGCAUCACGGACGACCAGCUCCGUGUCCUGCGGCAGUAUUUUGACAUCAACAAUUCCCCAAGUGAGGAGCAGAUCAAGGAGAUGGCAGACAAGUCGGGCCUGCCCCAGAAGGUGAUCAAGCACUGGUUUCGGAACACGCUGUUCAAGGAGCGCCAGCGCAACAAGGACUCGCCCUACAACUUCAGCAACCCUCCCAUCACCAGCCUGGAGGACCUGAAGGUCGACUCUCGGCCUCCUUCUCCAGAGCCUCCGAAGCACGAAUACUGGGGGGGCAAGAGGUCCUCCCGAACACGGUUUACUGACUACCAGCUCCGCGUCCUGCAGGACUUCUUUGACGCCAACGCCUACCCAAAGGACGAUGAGUUUGAACAGCUCUCCAACCUGCUGAACCUCCCGACCCGUGUGAUAGUGGUGUGGUUCCAGAACGCCCGCCAGAAGGCCAGGAAAAACUACGAGAACCAGGGAGAAGGCAAGGACGGGGAGAGACGAGAGCUCACCAAUGACCGGUACACCAGGACCAGCAACCUCAGCUAUCAGUGCAAGAAGUGCAGCCUGGUCUUCCAGCGCAUCUUCGACCUCAUCAAGCAUCAGAAAAAGCUGUGCUACAAAGACGAGGAUGAAGAAGGGCAGGACGACAGCCAGAACGAGGACUCCAUGGAUGCGGCGGAGCUCCUGACGCCGACCAGCUCUUCCUGCAGCACCCCGAUGCCUUCUCAGGCCUACGGCACCCCCACAUCUUCCGCAAAUGCAGCCUCUUCUUCCUCGGCUUUCCUGCCACAGAUUGCCGCUGAGGCAGAGGACCUUUCCUCCAUCUACCCUUUGAAAUCCGAAGCUACAGAAGAGAAACCAAAGCAACACGAACCUCCAAGUACGCAGCAAAACCAAACUCCCGAGAAGCAAACGCAACCAAAGCAGGAGAUGCAGCAGCUGCUGGAAGAGCACGGGCAGCAGCAGAGGGCCGGCUCAGCACACCCCAAGCCAUCCCCUCCCGGCCUGCAGCAGCCAGUCCAGCCUCCCCCCUGUGUCCUGCCACAGUCGAGCCCGAGCCCCUCCCAGCUCUCUCACCUGCCCCUCAAGCCCCUUCACACUUCCACUCCCCAGCAGCUGGCUAACUUGCCUCCUCAGCUCCUGCCCUACCAGUGCGACCAGUGCAAGCUGGCCUUCCCCUCCUUCGAGCACUGGCAAGAGCAUCAGCAGCUGCACUUCCUGAGUGCCCAGAACCAGUUCAUCCACCCCCAGUUCCUGGACAGGGCGCUAGAUGUGCCCUUCAUGCUCUUCGAUCCCAGCAACCCCCUGCUGGCCAGCCAGCUGCUGCCUGGGACGCUUCCCCAGCUGCCCCUGAGCUCAGCCACUUCGCCCUCCACGCCGACCUCCACCAUGAGCACCCUGAAGAGGAAGCUGGAGGAGAAGGCCAGUGCCAGCCCUGGGGAGAAUGACAGCAGCACAGGCGGGGAAGAGCCCCAGAGGGACAAGCGCCUGCGCACAACCAUCACGCCCGAGCAGCUGGAAGUUCUGUACCAGAAGUACCUGCUGGACUCCAAUCCCACCCGGAAGAUGCUGGAUCAUAUUGCACAUGAGGUGGGCUUGAAGAAGCGCGUGGUGCAGGUCUGGUUCCAGAACACUCGGGCGCGGGAGCGGAAGGGGCAGUUCAGGGCUGUGGGACCUGCCCAGGCUCACCGGCGAUGCCCUUUCUGCCGAGCCCUCUUCAAAGCCAAAACCGCCCUCGAAGCACAUAUCCGGUCCCGCCACUGGCACGAAGCGAAGCGGGCGGGAUACAACCUGACCUUGUCGGCAAUGCUUCUAGACUGCGAUGGAGGACUCCAGAUGAAGGGAGACAUCUUUGAUGGAGCAGGCUUUCCACACCUGCCCCCCACCGCUAGUGACAGCCAGGCCCUCUCGCCAGUGAGCAAGUCUCUGGAGCUCUCCCCUCACACGCUCCUGAGUCCAUCUUCCAUCAAAGUGGAAGGGAUGGAGGACUUUGAGAGCCCGUCCAUGUCCUCCGUCAACCUCAGCUUUGACCAAACCAAGCUGGACAAUGACGACUGCUCCUCUGUCAACACAGCCAUCACAGACACCACGACAGGCGACGAGGGCAACGCAGACAACGACAGUGCCACGGGGCUAGCAGCUGAUGCCAAAUGCCUGUCGGGGCCAAGUGAGGGUCUGACCAAGGCCGCCAUGAUAGCCAUCUCUGAGUAUGAAGACCGGCUGUCUUCUGGCCUGGUCAGCCCAGCCCCCAGCUUCUACAGCAGAGACUAUGACAACGAGGGCACCGUGGACUACAGCGAGACCUCCAGCCUUGCGGACCCUUGCUCGCCCAGCCCUGGCACCAGUGGCUCUGCCGGCAAGGCUGCCGAGGGUGGGGAUCGGCCGGGACAGAAGCGUUUUCGCACUCAGAUGACCAACCUCCAGCUCAAAGUCCUGAAGUCGUGCUUUAAUGACUACAGGACGCCCACCAUGCUGGAGUGUGAGGUUUUGGGCAAUGAUAUCGGGCUGCCAAAGAGAGUCGUUCAGGUCUGGUUCCAGAAUGCUCGGGCCAAGGAAAAGAAGUCCAAGCUCAGCAUGGCCAAGCAUUUUGGCAUUAACCAAACUAGCUACGAGGGACCCAAAACCGAGUGCACUUUGUGUGGCAUCAAGUACAGCGCUCGCCUGUCUGUACGUGACCAUAUCUUCUCUCAGCAGCACAUCUCCAAAGUGAAGGACACGAUCGGAAGCCAGCUGGACAAGGAGAAAGAGUACUUUGACCCAGCGACUGUCCGCCAGCUCAUGGCUCAGCAGGAGCUGGACCGGAUCAAGAAGGCCAACGAGGUUCUCGGCCUGGCAGCUCAGCAGCAAGGCGUGUUUGACAGCCCCCCUCUUCAAGCUCUCAACCUCCCUGCUGCCUACCCUGCCCUCCAGGGCAUCCCUCCGGUCCUCUUGCCAGGCCUCAACAGCCCCUCCUUGCCUGGCUUCACCCCUUCUAACACAGCUUUAACUUCUCCCAAGCCCAACCUGAUGGGUCUGCCCAGCACAAGCGUCCCCUCGCCCGGCCUUCCCACCUCUGGAUUACCAAAUAAACAGCCCUCUGCCUCUCUGAGCUCCCCCACCCCAGCACAAGCUACUGCAGCGUCGGUCCCACAACAGCCACCCCAGCCUCUGCCGCGGAAGGACAAGGAGAGUGAGAAGACGAAAGAGAAGGACAAGGCCCCGAAGGGGAAAGGAGAGUCUCUGCUGGCUGCCAGGAAGGACAAAGCUGAUGCCUCUGGCCCCACCCUCUCUGCGGCCCUGCCUGCCCUGGAGUACUCCGUGGAACCGGCCCAGCUCCAGGCCCUGCAGGCCGCUCUGAAUUCAGACCCCACCGCGUUGCUGACUAGCCAGUUCCUCCCCUACUUUGUCCCCGGUUUCUCUCCCUAUUACGCCCCUCAGAUCCCCGGAGCCUUGCAGAGCGGGUACCUGCAGCCCCUGUAUGGCAUGGAAGGGCUGUUCCCCUACAGCCCUGCUCUGUCGCAGGCCUUGCUGGGCUUGUCCUCUGGCUCCCUGCUGCAGCAGUACCAGCAGUACCAGCAGAGCCUGCAGGAAGCCGUGCAGGUGCAACAGCGGCAGAGGCCAGGGCAGCAGCAGCAGCAGCCGCCGCCGCCUCCUCCCAAAGGAAGCCAAACCCCUGUCCCCUCGGGGACGGCGACUCCGGAAAAAGAUCCUGCCAAAGAACCCCCCCAGCAAGAAGAGCAGAAGAAUGCACCCCACGAGGUGUCCCCCCACCUGCCCAAACCCCCAGAAGAGCCCGAAGCAGAAAGCAACAGUGCAGUGCACGCCCUUUGCGACCCCUUCAUCGUCCCGAAGGUGCAGUACAAGCUGGUCUGCCGUAAGUGCCAGGCAGGCUUCAGCACCCAGGAGGCGGCCAGCGACCACCUGAAGUCCGUCUGCUGCUUCGGCCAGUCCGUGGUGAACCUGCAGGAGAUGGUGCGUCAUGUGCCCGCUGGCAGCAGCGGCAAGGGCAGCGGCUCGUACCAGUGUGUGGCGUGUGAGAGCACGGUGUACGGGGACGAAGCCCUCCGACAGCAUCUUGAGUCUGCCCCACACAAACAUCGAACAAUCCCAAGAGCAGCAAGAAACGCCAAAGAGCACCCCAGUCUAUUACCUCACUCCGCCUGCCUCCCCGAUCCUAGCACCGCAUCUACCUCGCAGUCUGCCGCUCACUCAAAGGACAGCCCCUCCCCCCCACCCUCCGCUUCCCCCCACGCCUCCAGGAAGUCUUGGCCUCAAGGGGUCUCCCAGCCUCCCCAGCGGAAGCCGCCGCCGCCGCCGCCGCCUCUCUCCUCAUCGUCAACGGUUACCUCAAGUUCAUGCAGCACCUCAGGGGUUCAGCCCUCGAUGCCAACAGAUGACUGUUUGGAGGAGUCCGACUCGGAUCUUAGCCAAAAGUCCGAUGGACCGGCUAGCCUGGCAGAGAGGCCUGAGGAGCCGAGCUGCCCCAAGGACCGUGGUCUCGCUAGCAUAGAAAUGGACACUUUUAGAUUGUAAGCUUUGAAGAUGAACAAUUUAAAAAAUGAAUUUAAAAAAAGUUAACAAACCAAUUUCAAAAAUAGACUAACUGCAAUUCCAAAGCUUCUAACCAAAAAAGAAAAAGAAAAAAAAAAGAAAUGAAAAGUGUGGGGUGUUUUCCCAUAUAAUGAUGCCGGCAGGUUUUCCAUUGCUUUCUUUUGAAUGAAGCCCAUUGUAAUUUGGCUCCACUUGAUUGGUCUCGAAGGCACGAGAUUGAGAGAGAGAGAAAAGAGAAGAAGAAGGAGAGAGGAAGGAAGGCGGGCAGGCCCUCUGCCCAGGCCGUGCUUGUGGCCCUCCAGCCCCCUUCCAGGAGAGCACAGCUGAGGCCGGCAUACCUGUAUGGGAAAGCAGACCACCUGGUUCCAGUUUUAAAUGUCUCGCUAUCUUAGCGUUCCGAUACCAAUGGCUUGCUAAAAGAAAAAGAGAGAAAUGUAACGUCUUUUGAUUCUCAGGUCAAUCGCUCACACUUUGUUCGGUUUUCAGAAUCAUUGUUUUAUAUAAAUAUAUAUAUAAUUUCUUUUUUGUUUUGAUUUUUUCCAAGAAAAGGUUUUUUUUUGUUAAUUUAAAAAAUGGGCAGAAAGUAUUCAAGAGACAAACAAUGUGAACUGAGUUAGCUUUCUGGGGAUUUUAAUGGUAGCUUUUCUGCUGAAGCCAAUUUCAAGGGGAAAAGUUCAGCACUCCCACUUUUCAGAAAAAAAAAGAAACGCAACAACACACAAAGAGUGUUAAGGACUUGGAGCUAAAAAAUAAGUUUUAAAACAACUGACUUUCUGUAUUUAUGAUAGAUAUGACCAUUUUUGGUGUUGAGUAGAUUGUUGCAUUGGAAAUGAACUGAAGCAGUAUGGUAGAUUUAAAAGGAGAACCCUUUUGUGUACAUUUAGCUUUUGUAUGGUCCAGCUGACGGCUUCUCAUUUGAUGUUGUCUUGUUCAUUCCUAGCCAGAUAGAUCCAUCAGUUCGCCGAAGCUUUUCCCCCUUUGUACCUUGACUCCCUUCCCCAUCCUGUACUCUUCCACUUGCGGUCACUGCCUUCAUUUCUUAGAGGGUGGUUGCUUAAUUAUUUUAUAAAAACUAAGGGAAAAAUUCAAAGGGUUUGGGGGUCAGUAGGAUCCCUUUCAGAAUAUUUUUGUUGGGGGUUCAAAUCUUUUUAAGGUGUAUACAUGUCCGUUACCCUUGUGCACUUAACUCUGUCUUCUUCUUUUUUUCCUUUGACUUCUUUCCUCAUUUUGUAAACGUGUCGAAGGCUCUGUUCGGAACUGUCCGCCUUUGUGUCUCUUGGUGUGCCGAGGGGGCACUUGUUCCUGUUCCAAUGACUUUUGGUUUUUGUAUGUGUGUGUGAUUUUGUUUUUGAUUUUCUGUUUUUUGGGGGGGUUUUUUUGUUUUCUCUAAAAGAAAUUCAUGCUUUAAAUAAAAUCCAAAGACAAACCCUUUUCACCACGGUGCAGAAUGAGCAAAAAGGCUUCUUUUGACUUGAAGAUUUGUUUCUGAUUUCAGCCACAAGACUCCGUUUAAAUAAAGAAACUCAAAAAAGAACCGGCCUGUAGGUUGUUCUCUGUGCUUCUGCUGCAAGCAGAGGAGCAAGUGUUCUCGCAAGGUCAGCGGCCCAAAGAUACACCCCGGUGCUAGAAGCUCCCCACAUCCCACCCGAGGUGCAGCUGGCAAAAAGGGGGGGGGGCCCUGUGUGAAUCUCUCUGCUUUGUGGUCUCCUCUCAGGUCUGAACAUUGAAAGGAAAACUUUCUGCUGCUACAGUGUAGAGUUUGGAGACGAGCAGGAGUUGCUGCACCACAUCCUGGCCAACAGUCAGCAAUCCCGCCCCCCCCAACUCUUCCUCACCACUAUCCUGUUUCAAAAAGGGAAGGAAAAUGGAGGGGGUCUUCUCUGGCCUCGUCCCACCCCCCCAAAGCAGGAGGUGCCUUCCUAGAGAGGAGGAGCAGACCAAGGGAGGGAGGAGCGGCCUUUGCUCUCCCCACCCCCAAGCUUUGUUUGGUAUGCCUUUUUGUCUGCACUUGAAUGGAAGAGCCCACCUUGGACCACUGUGCAUCUUUCUAACAAAGCAGGUGCACAGUGCAAACUUCUUUUCAUUUUUAGAGUGAUCAGUAGUAGGCAAAAGCGCCACUGAGUAUUCCUGCCUGUCACCAGGUGUGGCAUGAGGAGGCACCCGUGAGCUUGCAAAACGUUGCCCUCUCCCUUGAAUGCAAAUCCUUGUAUUUCUCCCUGUGCGUGAGAUGAACAUUUUUUAUAUUUUAAAGUUGUACAGUUUUGGGUUUUUUUCACUAUUUUAUCUGUUCCAUUUACAUACACACUUAUAAAUACACAGACAUACAUAUAUACAUACAUACACGUAUGUAUGUACGUACGCGUAUUCCAUGCAGUGGUUGUAUGUUACUUUGUAUCAUAUAGAAGGGGGGGGUUGCUUUGUUUUUGGUUCUCUGUGUGGUAUAAAUCAAUCCGUUUUGACACGAGCGUUUCCUGUCCCUUUGGCUUUGUACUCCUCCAGCUCCUGCCCCCUCCCCUCCCGCUGCGCUGCUUGAUUACAGGGGCGGAUUCCGGCUUCUCUUCCUUCUUGUCUCACGUACUUCCCAGUCAGUCGCAUUUCCGUGCCUCUGUCUGAAAUUUGCCUCUCCCAGAAGCGCAGGGCCUGUCUCCCUCCCCAUUCUUCCCUGUUCAUGGAGUUUGUGAGAAUUGGCUUCCUUAGCCAAACAGGGCUUUCAAACAAGACUCCAUCCCAUCUCCUACCUUGGGCCUCCCAUCUCAGAAGAUGGGUCUGGAGAAGCUCUCUGUGGCUGGGUAAAGUCACGCUCAAGCACCUGCACUCAGUGCCUGGAUCCCGCAAUCUUCCUGUUUAUUUAAAGUUCUCCCUCGAUGCCGGAAUCCAAGCCAAACGAGGCUGCAGAAGAGAUUCAAAUGGCGUGAAUGAGCGGAGUUGCCAGUACAACUGGGAGCGCAAUGACCAGCCAAGGCAGCCCCGGGCAGGGGUGGGGGGUGAGGGGUAGCAAUCCCCCUGGCACAGGAACACCCACAACCCUGCUCUGAAGCCCGGUUCAGGAGAAGCUAAACCAGGAAUGUUUAGUUGAUUUGAUGGCACUGAGAGUCCUGCCCACUGUGAAACACAAAGUUUUGACUAUUUUUGUUUGCUUUGAUUCGGGAGGGGGCGUGAUAUGGGCAGGACAAGUUUGAGUGUAACAGAAAGCAUAAAUGAGGUGAAGAGGAUUCUGAACAGCCUUUGCAAUGUACAAAAUAGAGCGAGUGAAACCAAAAAUGAUGUUCUUGGUGUUUUUCUAUGAUGUCGUCUUGUUAGCUUUUUUUGUUACUGUAACAAUGCUGAUCUGGAACUGUACCACCACGCUUGGCGACCGAUUGAGAGAAACCACGUGGAACUUUAAAGGAACCAGAUUUGUCACCAAACACUUUGUUGUCAUAGUUAAGUUGAUUGUAGAUGGCAAUUGAAUA